AUGAACAGCACGGAGACUGGGAAGAAGGUGUACCGAUGUGGCCAAAACUGGUUCCGUCAUAAUUUGUUUUGGAGCCCAACUUCCGGAGACAUGGGCUAUGAUCAGGUUGUCAAGGCUGACCCAGCAGAAGAUCCUGCGUUCUGCAAGGUCAAGAUGUUCAGCCCCGUUGAGAUGGACUUAGCAUUUGUUUUUGCAGCCCACAGAGACAUCAACAAGCCGGAGCUGAUGGACGAGUGGAAAAGGCAAUUCCUCAGCGUGUCCUUUGAGUACAGAUUGGAUGAUGUGCCCAUUAGCGAGAACUUCGAAUUGCACGGAAUUGCGCUCAAGCAUUCGCCUCUUCAGCAGAUAUUCAACAUCUUGGGGUUCAAGUGUGAAUGGGAGGCAAAACACGGUACCAUCAAGAGUGAGGCUCUCUCCAAACUGUAUGAAGUAUCCCCGUCCUUUGUCGACACAGCCUGCACGAUGGGAAAUCGAGUCUUGAAAGACACGGAGCUCAGUGCCUUGUUGCUGGGAGCUGAUGAACAACGUAAAAACCCGUUUGAUCGGUGGUCGAAGUUUCAGUACGAUGGAGUCAUGCAUGGGUACGUCAACAAGGAUGCGACUUCCAACAGGAACUUGCAGUCGCUCACAUGCCGUGUACUACUUGCCCAAAAGGCGUGCCUUGAUCUUUUCAUCAACUUCAUGGAGAGUGAUGCAACUUCUUGGCCUGUGGCAGUGCGGCAGUCGAUCAAGGAGGUGACGGCCAGCCACAACACCAUCCGGGCGAAACUCUCGGCUGGAGAUGAGACGUGGCGGGCAGGAUGGCCUGAAUCUGCAGAACGUUUCUGGCAGCUAGUCAAAGGCUGUGUCUAUGACUUGGAAUACUGGAGCUGCCUGGUGGCGUUGGUGAAAAACCGCAGAUCUAGCAAUGAGUACCUUGAGUCUUCACCCCGGUUGAACGAAGAAGUCAGUGCGAUCAAGGAGAUGAUCCAGCAGGAAGCCAAGGAGAAAAAUGUCCAACUGAACAAGCACAAGGCGGAGGAUGCAGUUGUCAUGACUGAGGACAACCAAGAGGAUGAGGAGGAGGAGGUUGAUCCAGUCAAGACGGUGCUUCAACACAUGAAGAUCGGUGAGACUGACAAACCUGACUUGCCGUUCAAAAAGGAUGCCGAAGUGUCCCUGAUGAGCAAGCUCAAUGAGCGCCUGCUGAGUUUCAAAAAAUUGGCUCAAAGAAAGGUGGCAACCUGCAUCAAAUGGAUCGUCGAACCGCAACCAACAAAUGAAAAUGAUCUGGUGGAUUUGUAUUCUGAUACCUGGGCCAAGGACUACCAUGGUGAGUGGCGUAGUCUCCAUCCAGGUGAAGAGCCUCACUGCACGGCAACACUGCUCCAUUUCUUUGACAGCAAGAAGUGUUCGGAAGCUGGCAGUCAGCCCAAAGUGCGUCAACCGCCAAUGAAAGACGGUCGCUUGAUGAAGCUCUUGGGUGCAGUUGCGAGGGUCCGCUUCGAAGACAAUUGUGAUGGAGCACCUACCUUUGCGCCAUCAGACAUCAUCAUGGUCAAUGAUGCUGGCCGUCAAGGAAACAAAUCCCAGUUCACUACCCUCAAGAAGGGUGAAUCUUCUGUCCAGCGAUGUGAAAAGCAGUUGCUCAUCGUGUAUGAUGAACAGUCCAUCAUGGACAGGCGUGAGAGGAAACAGAACUUUGCUGUCAAGCAAAGCGAGACAAUCCACAUGCUCAUGCCGCCCAAUGGACUGAAGAUCCUGAAAAAGAACAGGUUGAACUACAGCGGGACCAACCGUGGUGACACCAUCUAUGGAGUGAAGUUGCCAUCCUAUGAUAGUGACACUACAUGGCAGCUCACGUUUGGGCAGAAGAAGCAGUUGUUUGGGAAACACCGUGUUUCUGUCGGAGGGCAGGCCCCAGAGGGUAGCGAAGCUGAGUCAGGACGCCGUGCUGAAGGUGCUCUGGAGCCAGCAUUCUACCAUGCGGGCCCACCAGCCUUGGAUGAGGCCAAACUUCUGACGGAGAGGUUGGAGGCUAUGACCUUUGAGGCAAUGCAGAAUCCCAAGAGUGCUUUGUUUUCUAAUGAGCUCACCAAACUGAUCAAAGAGGCAAAGAAGGCUAAGCCAAAGGCAAAAGGCAAAGCAAAAGGAAAGAACAAGGCACAAAAGGCUGAUGAUCAGGAGCAAGGAGAAGAAGAGAAUGAAGAGGAAGAUCCAGAGAUCGACGCUGAUGAAGAUGAAGCCGGUGCAGAUGGUGACGAUGACUGUGGAAACAAGACGCCUGAGUGGAUCAACAGCAAUGGUGAGGAGACAGAUGCCCCUUCUGAUGUUGAGGAGCAUGAGGUCGAAAGGCUGAAGGCUGAAGCAGAGGUGGUGGAUGCAGGCAAGAAGCCUCGUGCAAAGGCAAAAGCGUCGGCGAAGGGUAAGGCCAAGGCCAAGGCAUUGGCUAAAGGAAAGGCUAAGGCAAAGCCCAAGGCCAAGAGUGCAGAGAAAAAGAAGCCAAAGUCCAAAGCAAAGGCUGCGGCAAAGGGAAAGCCCAAGAGAGGAAGCAAGAAGGCAGCGCAAGUCGAGGAAGACGAAGAGGACGAUCAUGAAGAACCUGAGGAUGAGGUUGCAGACGAAGAUGAAUGUGAGGAAGACGAAGAUGAAAACCAAGAUGAGGAAUCCGAAGAGGAAGAGCAAGAGGAAGAGGAGAAGCCGGUCCCAAAGAAAAGAAAGAACACUUCUGAGAAGGACGUAGCCCAGAAGCUGCGCAAGUUGGCCAAAGGCAAUGCGCGUAGCGGCAAGUGA